CAUUUUCCUAACCUCUCUCCCAGACUUCCGGCCGAUCUCAAUUCCGUUCGUCGCCGGUAAAUCCCUUAACCCUUAAACAUUAUCACCGACUUAUUAGUGCAUUAACAUCCUUCCUUCCUGUUUGUUUGCUAAGAAAACUGAGUUGGAAAACGAAAACGAAAAGGAAAUAUGAAUCUGGAAACGAAAAAUUCCCCUUUUGUUUUAGAAUUUUCCUCAAGGAUGUUCACCGCAUGAUUUAGUUCUGCCUGGUUGAGACGAGUAUUGGGUUGAGAUUUUGAUGUGUUUGAGUAAUUUCCAUUGGAAAGAUGAAGUUUGGAGAUACUUUUAUGGAGUACCUUCAUGGGGAACAGGAGUGGUUUUUGCAUAAGUGUUCUCAUAUUGAGUAUAAGAGGCUCAAGAAAGUUCUCAAAAGCUGCAGGACCUGUAAGGUAUUGCAUGAUGACUCUUAUAGAACUAAUCAGGGAGAUGAGGAGAAUCCUGCUUUCUCCCAAAUCUGUCAAUGCCAAUCUUGCCCAUUGUGUGACCAGAUGUUUUUCUCUGAGCUAUUGAAGGAAGCUACAGAUAUAGUUGGAUGCUUUAGGUCUAGAGUUAGACACUUGCAGCAUCUUGAUCCUUAUGUUGCUAGCGGAAUACAGAGAUGUGUUUUGGGGUUACGACAGUGUUUCAAAAAUGAUCAACAAUCCAUGGUACAAGAAGGACGAAUGUUGAUUGAAUAUAUUACAAUGAAUGCAAUUGCCAUCCAUAAAAUCCUAAAGAAAUAUGAUAAAGUUCAUAGCUCUGUAAAUGGGAAGAAUUUCAAAUCCAAGUUGAGGGCUGAACACAUAGAGCUUUUGCAGUCACCUUGGCUUAUGGAAUUAGGAGCUUUCUGUUUGAAUUUUAAUGGGUCCGAUGGUGAAGAGUUCAGUCAGCUUUCUGGUCGUUUUUCUUGCGACUUCAAUGUUGCACAAUCUGUGAUGACUCUGAUGCUUCCAAACUCAAUAAAAAAAGAAUAUGACCUGACUUGUGCUAUUUGCUUGGAAAUUGUUUUCAAUCCAUAUGCUCUGAGUUGUGGUCAUCUUUUCUGCAAGUCAUGUGCUUGUUCAGCUGCUUCUGUGCUGAUAUUAGACGGCCUUAAAGCUGCAGGUCCUGAUUCAAAGUGCCCAAUUUGUAGAGAGGCUGGAGUAUAUGCUAAGUCAGUUCACAUGGUAGAGCUGCAUCGGCUAGUGAGAACAAGAUGCAAGAAGUAUUGGGAAGAGAGACAAGCUGUUGAACGUGCUAAAGCACUAAAGCAAAACAAGGAGUUCUGGGAUGCACAAACCAAAUCUAUGAUUGGCUAUUGAUUGUUGUUUCUCUUCUUCAAGUUGGAAAAUACCUGAUUAUCCCAAUACAUAUUCUAUCCUUAUGAAUUGGAGCAUGCUGUUCAAAUUCAUUUAAAUGUUUAAGAGAGCUAGAGGUUGUGAGAAAUCUCCUGUUCGUUUUCCUGUUAUUCAAGUUGACUGCUUUUGCACCUUUAUGACCUUCUAUUGAUCCAUCCAAUAAUGUGUUGAGUUCAUAGGCAUCUUUUACAGCCAUCAAGCCUGCAUAAUGCAUUUCGA